AUGCGCGUUUCGGCACCAGUUAACGCAGGCAUGCCCUCGGGCAAGACUUGGUCCGGUUGGUGGGGUGACAUGAAGGGCCCCAAGCAGAAGGGCAUCUACGUCUACUCCGUCUCGCCCUUCGCGCAGAAGCCCAUGAAGGGCGCCCUCUCGGGCUACCUCUUCUGGGGUGCCCGCCGCCUCGCCCAGCAGGUCCCCUACUUCGCUCCCCCCUUCCUCGUCGGCUACUGGGUCUACUCGUGGGGUGCGACCAAGUACGCCUACUACAACUCGAAGGAGGGCCACCACGCGAUGGCCAUGGCUGAGGGCGGCCACCACUAA